AUGUCGAGCGGUUUCUCUGUUUCUCCAAAGAGCACAUUUCCCGACGAGGAGCCUCCGACCCUAUUCCACCCUGCGUCACCAAGAAUGAAGCCCGUCAAGCAGCCCCUUGACGACGGGGACAGAGCGUCCAUCUCUACUUCUUCGACGUUCUCAUCAAAGAUCGGCUUGCUCAAAGAUACCGUAAAGAGCAAGAUCCCUAGUCCGUACAAGGAUUACCGAAGUCGUAAAGAAGCAGCAGCCCGAUCUACUGUCACGUCGAGGGAAGUUAAGAGGCUACCGUCUGAAAUGAAAACUCCUAGGCAGGCUACCGCCGAAGCUUACAUGAUCUGGGCUGCGAUACGAUGA